AUGGCACUUUACAAGGCUCUAUAUGGUCAUAAAUGCCAUACUCCUUUGUGUUUGACUGAACUUGGUGAACGUCGAGCAUUGGGUCCUGAGUUGAUUUUCGAGACUGAGGAUAAGGUUCUGAGAUUUGGUCGAAAGGGAAAGCUGAGCCCUAGAUUUAUUGGACCUUACCGAAUUUUGAGACGAGUAGGACUGAUUGCCUACCAAUUAGAGCUACCUCUAGAAUUGGAUUGGAUUCAUAAUGUUUUCCAUGUCUCGAUGUUGAGGCGUUACCGCUCGGAUCCAAUGUAUAUUGUUCCAGUUGAGGAGAUUGAGGUUAGGCCAGAUCUAACUUUCAAAGAGGAGCCAGUACAAAUUUUAGAUAAGGAUGUAAAUGUUCUGAGGAGGAAGUCGGUUCCACUGGUUAAGGAUCUUUGGCGUAACCAUAGCUCUGAGGAGGCCAGGUGGGAGCCUGAGGAUGCGAUGCUUUAG